CGACCUGAACCGGGUGUGAGCCUCUGUUCUCCUGCCCCACCAUGCACCUCUGUGGGGCUGACGGGCCGCUGAUCAGGAUGACAGAGCUCAUGGCUAGAGAAAUCAACACCUUGACCGUGGAAGUAAUAGCAAUCAGAACAAGAGUGGCUGACUUUUAUUAACCCCUGCCUGCUUUAUGUCCUGCGAGGAAGGCGCUGGUGCCUCCACUGUAUGGAUCAGGUAGCUGGGCACAGAGAAGUGAGUGAUCUGCCCAGAGUAGCACGGCUGAUAAGGAGACGGACCCUGAGGAACAUCAGAGGCAGCUGAAGAAGAAACAGAAUAACCGUGCGGCCGCCCAGAGGAGCCGGCAGAAGCACACGAACAAGGCGGAUGCCCUGCACCAGAAAUGCCUAUUGAGUAUCUCCUGUGUGGCAAGCACAAUUCUAAGCAUUGGAGUUACAGCUGUGACGACAGCAGACAAAAGCCCAGCUCACCCUCCCCAGGGCUCGUAUUUUCAUGGGGGGUGCCGGACAAAUAAAUGACCUAUGAGCAGCAUGAGUCACUGGAGAAACACAACCACACCCUGAGGAAGGAGAUCCAGGCCCUUCAGGCUGAGCUGGCGUGGUGGAGUCGGACCCUGCACAUGCAUGAGCGCCUGUGCCCCAUGGACUGUGCCUCCUGCUUGGCUCCGGUGUCCCCUGGUCGCUGGGGCCAGGCUGAGUGGCCCCCAGGCCCCGUGUGCCCUGGACAACAUGGCUGCCAGGAACAGCCAGGCCCAUUCCGGACCCCGGUCUCCUCUCCGAUGGCUCUGCAGCUCUCUCCAGAUCCACAGCCUCAUGGUUCCCUUGGCCUCCUCUUGUCCCCUCUGCCCUCACUGUCCCUUGGUCCCGCCCCUGUCACUGCAUCCUCUGCCCAGCCGUCCCCUAGCCCUGUCCAAUCUGCCUCGCCCACUGGCUCCGGCCUGCUGAGGUCUUCCUCCAAGCUCAGCACCCUCCUGCCCAGCCCCCCAGCCCAACCUCCCCGUCUACAGUCCCUCGGGCUGGAGCACCCCACCAGGGGGAAGCUGGCGUCCUCAACCCACAGCCCCUCAGCUCCUCUGGGGCUGGGCUUUCUGCAGGGCAGGGAGCAUAAAGCCUGCUUCCCCCGCAACAGAUCAGCAAGGGCCCCACCCCCUCUGGCCUUCCCCCUGCUCUCCUCUGCUCAAGUCUACUUCUAACCUGGCCCCCAGAGCUGGGCUGGCCCCUUCCUUGGACUCAGGAAGCAGCCUCAGCACGUGGGCAUCUCCUCUGUUGCCACUGGAAGCUGCCUUUAUUGGCUGACCAGCUGAACCAGUAUUUCACCAGGGAAAGGAAGCCGUUACUGUGUGCCCACCACUCUGCCAGGUCCUGUCACCGCUACUUUCUUAUUUCAACCUCAUGGUCAUCCUGCAGAGUCCAGACUGUCAGUCUGUUUUUCAGGAGUGGGAAGGAGACACGCUCAGAGAAGCCAGAUGACUUGGCUAAGGUCACACAGCCUUUCUCGGGACCUGAAACACCACGAUCUGCUCCUCCUCCUAGUGGGGUCAUGGCCCAGUCACCGCAGGGGCUGAAGUCCUAGAAACUGAGAACUGGUGUGAGAGGCUUAAGUGCUGGGAGUGGGGAGGGGCUCUCCCUUCUGCUUUGUGAUUCCCAGGGCCACAGAGCCCUGCAGUCUCUGAAACCUUGCCCUCUCUGGGGCUGGUCCAGAGUCCAAGCCUGGAUGGGGAGGGGCCAGGCAGGAGCCCAGAAGUGAAUUCUUUCUGUUAUUUUCAGUGCCAAAGAACUGAACCUGUGGGUUGGAGUUGGGGACAAGCCUGGAGCAGUCCCCCCUGGGAUUUCUACACGCUGAGUACCCAUAGCCAUACCAUGACCUUGGGGACAUUGCCAAGGGUUAGCUCUCCAGGCUACUCCCCAAUAACUCCAUGGGCCAUGGUGGGUGGACUUCUGAGAGCAUUCAUGUCAUGCACAAAAGGCAGGUGGAAAGAAUGAGGGAAGGACCAGGUGCAAAGUUAUGUUUAAGCAAGUGCUGGACUUGAACCUGGCCGCGGUGAGAACUGUGCCUUCUCCGGUAUCACCCCCAUCCCUGUGCAGCCCUCAGGCCCCUCUGAGCAGUGCCCCUCAUUGCUCUUUGGCCUGAUGGCAGCUGGAAGAGCAGGGCUUGGGGCUAGGUGGGAGCUCAGCUGUAGCGCCUGCUUGGGGAUGGGGGUGGGGUGGGGGGUGGCGGGUUCUCACUCAGACUCAGGACAAACACUGUAAGGGGCCUGAGGUGAGAAACUCCAGCUCUUCACCCAGAUUUUCACACACAUGUAAACAGACACUAUGCUAGUAUUUGACACACUCCAGGAUGCUGAGUACAAGUCUUGGUACCUAGACUUUAUGGUAAAUAAAGUGUUGUCCAAUU